UCACCAGCGGGCCAUCAGGUAAGAGGAAGCAGAUUAGGGUUUUCUCCAUUUUUGAAAAAGACGGGAGAAAAGGCAAAAGGGGGAGAAAAACGAAAGCAAAAACAGAGAGGAUAGGGAGACGGGAACGAAAGAACAAAGCAAGGGAAGAAGGGAGGACCGACAACGAAAAGAUAGCAGAAGGUUUUGAAAGGGGAAUUCCAAUCCGGGUUCCCUAGAUUGAGAAUGCGGAGAUCAUUAAUGUGGUUGGCUAGACCUCUUGUGUCAACACGAGGGUUCUGCACAAUCUCUGAUAAGAUUGUAGCGUCUGUGUUGUUUGAGAGAUUGCCGGUUGUUAUUCCAAAAAUUGAUCCGGUGAUUUAUGCAUUUCAGGAGUUCUCAUUCCGCUGGCAACAACAGUAUCGGUGCAGAUAUCCAGAUGAAUUUUUGGAUAUGUCUAAAUCUAGGUCUUUGCAGAGAGCACUUGACAGAAGGCUGUACCUUCUGCUCUAUGGUAACACAUUAGGGGCUCCAGGUGGGAAGCCUGUGUGGCAUUUUCCAGAAAAAGUUUACGAAUCUGAAGAUACCUUGCGGAAGUGUGCAGAGUCUGCAUUAGAAUCUGUUAUAGGAGACCUUUGUCACACAUAUUUUGUUGGAAAUGCUCCAAUGGGUCAUAUGGUUGUACAACCCACAGAGGAUGCACCUGGUUUGUCGCCAUACAAGCGAUUCUUCUUUAAAUCCCAAGUAAUUGCAACAAACAAGUUCAAUGUCGGGAGAUGCAAGGAUUAUAUUUGGGUGACUAAGGAUGAAUUGUUGGAGUAUUUUCCAGAGCAAGCAGAAUUCCUUAAAAAGAUGAUAAUCAGCUAAUAGAGAGACCCAUUUUUUUUUUAUCUUUGAGUUACAUUUGAUCCUUUCGAGAACCGGUAGGGUAUGGUCUGCAUUUCCCAUAAAUCAUUGUAAUUCGACCAACUUAAUGAAUUUUGACAAUCUAGAUUAAUUCAAGCCUGACAUAAGAGGGGUAUUAGGCCUCCUCCUGCAAUACGAACAUGAAGUUUUGUUUUGUGCAAUGAAGUUAAUUGAUUUGAUAAAAGUUGGGGGGAUA